AUGUCUAAAGAUUUUGAAUUCCAUGUGAAUGAAAAAAUUAAUGCAGCUGAAUUGUUUGCCCUUCAAUUAGAUGAGUCUACAGAUGUAACCGGAAAACCUCAGGUYGUGACAUUCGUAAGAUUUAUAUGCGAUAAUGACUUGAUAGAACAAUUUUUAUUUUGUAAAGACCUUCCUGAAACUACAAGGCGACAAGACAUUUUUAAUUUGAUUAACAAUUAUUUUACCACUGCUAAUAUAUCACGGAAGUUUUUUAAGAAAGRAAACCCAGAUACUAUUUUCACUCACUGCUUCAUAAUAUACAGAGAAGCUCUCAUUGCUAAAUCUUUGGUGCCCGAGCUCAAUGAAGUAUUGCAAAGUGUUGUCAAAAUGGUAAACUUCAUUAAAAGUAAACCUUUGAAAUCAAGAUUAUUUAAUUAUUUGUGUUCUGAUAUGGAUAAUGAGCACACCCAGCAGAAAGUGAAUUGA